AUACUACCUAGGUAGUACCAGAGGAUGAUGUCGGUAUAGAGCAUGGUUUCUACUCCGACCGUCGGAGCAAGCGGAUCACUAGACGGCGUUUUAGGGUGCGUAGUAGAGAAGAGAUCCGCCCACUCCUUUGUACCUAGGUAUAUCACUGUCAAGACGACAGGCGGACGAAACUAAGACCCUAAAAAGGCUCCACCAGUCGCAACAGACGCAACGGCUUCUCGAAACCGAAAGGGGCGUGCGUGCGUGGAACGGCUAUAAGCGCGGUACAUAGCAGGGAAUCCUGUUGCUAGAAGAAAACAAAGCCUUUGCAUUGAUUUGUCCAAGGACGUGCUCGAUGUCCAUACCACCACAUAGCCAGAAUGCCCCGUCCAAUCGAGCUGUCACUCUUUACGCGGCUUGCCCGGCGUGACCUGGGACAUGGAACAGUAUAUCCGGGCGUCAAGUUGUCAGCACGAUAUAAGUCGCUUACGGGACGACAACAACGACUACACUCAUCCACAACCACCACGGAUGACCCAAAAUCAACAGCAAAUGCCACUGCUACCAACGUCGAUGGCGCCGCCACCACAGCAACUGGAAGUCAAGACCUUCCACUCAGUGGGUUGAAAGUACUAGACCUGUCACGAGUGCUCGCGGGCCCAUUCUGCACGCAGAUUCUGGCCGACUACGGCGCAGACGUGAUCAAAGUCGAGCAGCCCGGCCAGGGCGACGAGACGCGCCAAUGGCGCACGCACGGCGAGACACAACAGAAGUGGCGAGCCAGCACUACGGGCAACCAGGGGCAGCCCACCAUGUCGCUGUACUUUGCGGCCGUGAACCGAAACAAACGGUCCAUGACGGUGGAUUUGAAAUCCCCGGGUGGGAAAGAGGUCGUCAAGGCACUGGCGCGACGGAGCGAUGUGCUGGUCAACAAUUUCCUGCCCGGCAAAAUGGAGCAGUUGGGCCUAGGCUACGACGAGUUACGAAGAGACAACAAGGGUCUCAUCUACGCCAGUGUAUCUGGGUACGGCGCCAGCGGACCGAGUCGUGAUCGCGCGGGUUACGACGCCAUUGCCCUGGCGGAGGCGGGCUUGUUGCACAUCACGGGAGACGAGGAGGGAGGCCCGACCAAGCCGGGCGUCGCUAUCGCGGAUCUCUGCACCGGUCUCUAUACCCAUGGAGCCAUCUUGGCCGCGCUGAACCAGAGACACAGGACAGGCGUGGGUUGCAAGAUCGAGGCCAGUCUCUUCGAGAGUGCGCUGAGCCUGUUGAUCAAUGUCGGCUUGGCGGCUUUGAAUCUCGAUCUGGAUAAAGGGCCUAGUAAAAGAAGGAGGGGCAAGAGACUCGGGUUGGGACACCCGAAUCUCGUGCCCUAUGGUGGAUUUGAGACCAAAGAUAAUAAAAUGUUCUUUGUCGCCGCCAACAAUAAUCGGCAGUGGAAGGGGUUUUGUGCACGCUUGGGCAUUGAUGGAUUGGGAGAUGAUGUGCGGUUCAGCACCAAUGAUGGACGGGUCGAGAAUAGAGACGAGAUCAAUGCCAUUUUGCAGAAAAGGUUCAAGGAAAAGACAAAGGACGAGUGGCUGGCCAUUUUGGAGGGGAGUGGCCUGCCCUACGGCGCCAUCAAUGAUGUGGUAGACGCCCUGGAGCAUCCGCAAGCAAAAGCACGGGAUAUGGUCAUUGACAUCGAUGAUUUUGAAGCAGCAAGGGACGGGGUGUUGAAGCUCAUCGCUCCAGCUGUCAAAUUUGAAGGCGCGGAUAUGAGUGUGCGCAUCAAGCCGCCGCUGCUGGGCCAACAUACUGAUGAGAUUCUGGCGGGUCUCGGCUAUGGCCCUGCGGAAGUGGCGGAGUUGAGAACAUCUGGCGCCGUAUGAUACUUCUGCAGCCUUGCAGGCACAUAGACGAAAAACAUGGAUAGUGAAUAGCUUUUCAACAUGUGCGCGAGAAGGGGGAAAAAAGAACAGGGCAGGGCAACCCGGAGACUCAAUUUACCAAUGACCAUCGUGGAGAUCCUGCAGCCAAUCUAAUGUCUGGGUUUUGAUAGUACAGUGGUGGUGCAUUUCCGCAGGCGAGGAAAAUGUACAAUGUCUGAUUCUGUCCUAACCCACAUCCAACCC